GACCAAACGCUCAGUUUGUGCGCAUGGCCUGACCUCGGACUCCCAACCAGUGUCCAACGAGGAAGAGAGUUUCUGACUGACACAAGAAUCAGAUAAAGGAAUUGCGAUGUCACGUGUCACGGUAGAGGACGCCGGUGGCGACACCAUCUGGCAAAUCGAACACGACGGUAACAGCUACCCAAACUUCCCCCACAUCGAUUCCAUCACCAACAUCCACAACCUCCCCAUCAGAGACGAUGACAUCUUCAUCUGCGCUUACCCGAAAUCCGGAACACACUGGAUCUGGGAGGUGGCUCGACUCCUUGUCACUGGCCAGACAAUUCAGGACAGUGUUGAGAAGGGCGUAGGCAUGCUUGAAUACCUGCCACAGGAGGAUGUGACGUCACUUCCGUCCCCCAGAAUUCUCAACAGCCAUUUCAAACUGAAGCUGCUUCCGGUGGACAUCCUCAAGAAGAGGUGUAAAAUCCUGUAUUUGAUACGGAAUCCCAAGGACGUGGUUGUGUCCUAUUACAACUACAUGCGAGGUCUGCCGCACUACAAGUACACGGGAAGAUGGGAGAACUAUAUGCAAUAUUUCAUGCUUGGUAAAUUUUCCUACGGGUCUUGGUUCGACUAUGUCCUGGAGUUUGAGGACAUGAAGAGGACUUAUCCGGACCUGCCAGUCCUCACCCUCCAUUACGAGGACUUGAAGGAGGACCCACUGCGAGAGAUACGGAAAGUAAACGAGUUCCUGGGAACAGGACGCAGCGCAGAGUUCCUGCUGGAGGCGAUUGAGCUCGCCAGCUUCGACAACAUGAAACAGAAGAAAUCCCAGCGCGUAACCUACAGGAAAGGUGAAGUGGGCGACUGGAAGAACUGGUUCACUGUGGCCCAGAACGAGUGGUUCGACCAGCUCUACCAGGAGAAGAUGGCUGAUUCUGAUAUCAAAGUCAGAUUUACGUUAACGUAGCUCUAGUUCCUGUACACUGGAUGUCCAUCGCUUAACACUAAUCAGAAACACAGAUCUCGCAGCAUAUUGGAUGUAUAGACAUGGUAUAUCCAAGUGGUCAUCUGCUCAGUGCCUGAUCAACAUAUUAUUAAUCAACGUCACCAUCCUCAUGAUGCUGCACAACAUCUGUUUUGACUGCAUUGAUCAGUGUACUCUCCAUGGAGACAUGCCAAUGGCGCACAAUUGAACUACUAGCUGGCAAAUUCAGGCAAUCCACAACAUCAUUUUAAAAAUUAAUUUGAUAUUUUAAUGAAACUAUAUUGGCAACAUUAAUUUUGUCCAAUCAUGAUAUAAUUGUU